GUAACACGCCGGAAAUAUUUAGAAUUCUGAUUUUAACUCGCCAAAACUAUAAUUUGCCGUAGCCCACCAAUUUGGCAGUUCUCUUGACGGUCGGCCUUCGCAGGCUCAGCUCGUCGCAAUGCUAUUAUACCUGUCGAUGCGAUACGCUGUUGAUUAUUGCCCUUCCCGACCGGGAAGCAAAAACCGUCCGCGGCAAGGCAACACCAUGCAACAGCAGACGUAUGACGGAAAAGAACCGACUGGCCAAGCCUAGACGAGCCAACGCAAGCCCUUCAAAGCUGUAAGCUUCAAACAUGACUUCAAAGAAUGCGUCGUAAGUAACAAAAGCAAUGCAAGAUGUCACCGCUGUACAGGACAGCGUUUACCUGCGUUCGACCAACCACGCUGGCGUACUUCACCCACGACAGCCAUUCUCGACAACACAUCAUCAACAUCGAAGAGCUAUAGAGAGAAGAAGAAGAUCGCACUGCAGGGUUCCGUGAGCAGUACAGUGCCGAUGGAGUACUACAGAUACAAUAGUGACGAGUACGUCGUGGAGAAGACGUCCUGGCGGCUCUUCCGGUGCCGGUUUCCUCGGUACGACACCCUGGCGUUUCUCCUGCUCCACGCCGGCUACGUGUCUCAGUGGGCGUUCGACUACCGCUUCUACCAGUCUCGGGGCCUGUCCCUUCGCGACGUGAGCCUCGUCGUGGCUGUCCAACAGGCGGCGCUGGUGCUCGGUCGCGUCUUACCCCUCGCCCGAUUGCCCUGUCCGUCUUCGAGGCUGUUCUGCAUGCGCGUUCCAAGAGGCCUGCCGCCUUUCUCGCCGUUGGCGCUAGUCGCCGCUACGGUCGCCAAGGCUCGUGGUCACUUCUACGGGGCUGCCGCCAUACAGGGCUUCCUGGUCACGGUCAUCGCGGAGGUGGUUUGCCCCAGCGACGAUGUUGGAAUCUCCGCCUGGCAGGCUCGUGUGGCUGACCUUCUACUCGGAGAGCACCAGUCGCGUCGCCAUGAGCGUCAGCAGCGUCUCCAUUCAGACGACCGCCAUCUUGGCCCGCGUCGCCUUCCCGGCGGUGGUGGAGAUACCGUGCUUCCAAUACGUGUCUUCUUUGCCAGUGCUGCUCGUUGCGAGGCUGAGUCUGGAGCAGCUGGCCGCCUGCCAGGCCGUGCGCUGGCCCCAGCCGUGCGGCCGCUGGAUGUUCCUCUUCAGCGGCUACACGGUGUGCUCCGUGGUGCUGCUGCUCCACUUCCAGACGUACAUCCACCAGGAGGACCUGUGCGCGCUGCACAUGAUGCUCGCCUACUCCGCGUCGAUGUCGUCAGCCGCCGGGGCCGCGAGGCCCGCCUGGGAGACGCACCUGGCAGCUUGCCCAUCAGCAGGGAACCGGCCACGUUCGCCUACUUGCUAGUGUACGCGGGCUCCCUCAGCCAGUGGCCGUACGAGUACAGUUUCUACGAGGAGCGAGGACUGACCAGGCGCGACGUGUACGUCUUGCUCGGUGUGCAGCAGCUGGCCGUGCUCUUGGGACCCUACCUGGCCUGGCUGCUCUUUCGGAGACGUUCCCCCAGGACGUCUGUCUUGCCUCCCAAGACCACCGCGUCGCUGUUUCUGCUGGCGACCGUAGCCGCGUGUGAAGCCAAGAGGAGGGGGUUCUUCUACGAGGCAUCACUCGUCAUGGGGCUGGGCCCAUCAGUGGCGGCGACACUGCUGGACAUCAAGAGCGACGUCAUCGUGGUCAGGCACCUCGAGGCGUACGUGACCUUCACCAGCUGGGUGGCAACCUGCCUCCUGGUCGAAGUGUGUGGCCUCCGCAAGGAGUGGAUCAUUGGGAUGGCGGCGGCGCUCUACCUCAGUGCUGCGGUGACCGUCUGGCUGGACCGGAGCCCGAAACUGGCUGCCCGUGCGGCAGAGCCAGCCGCCGAAAUCGACGGCCCCGUAGAAGAGGACCCUUGCGUGUGGCAGCGGGGGAAACUCGACGGCCCGCUGGCGUCACCCGAGGGGUGGCUGGACGCCGCACUCUGCCGGACGACGGCCCUGCUCGAAGACAUGGCCGCGCUCACGCUGAGGGCGGCGCAGUUCCUCCUUGAAGCGGUGGCCGUGUUGAACCGGGACGUGUUCGAGCUGAACGGAGACUACCCUUUCACCAGAGUCAUGAACUCGUUCCCCUCCGUGCUCAUCUUUCGAAAGUGUUGCGAGUCGAUCAGCAGCUGCGUCGCAAACAUAUCCUCCGAUGACGUCACCACCAAAAUGAAGCUGACCGCGGCGGGCUCUGUCAUAUGCAUCGCGGGGUUGUCCGCAUCCUUCCACUACGCGGAGCUGUCGGGCCCCGACUACGGCACCGAGCACGCGCUGGUCGCAUUGGGCACCACAAUGGCCACCGAGAGGAGCGCCUUGACGCCGCUCUGGCACUGCAGGACGAUGGCAGGUCUUCUGGCUACGGCGAUCCUUCUCUGGCCCUGCGAUGUCCCGGAUGAGGAGUUCGCGGUCAAGAAGGUCUGGAUGUCGGACCUUGUGUGCGUGGCAUUCUCCCUCGUCGUGACGGGCGCUCUGCUUGCCUACUGGUGGCCCGUCAGGAGAGCCCGAAUAGAGCACGCUCCUUUGUACAGCAACUGUUAACAACAAUGCGGUGCAGCACUAGUGACUUAAUGUGACCUGCACUGCGACACGUGAAAUUUACCUUUCAAUUUUCACCGGCUGCCUUUAUCUGCUUGCAGGUUUACAGCCGCCUCCCGAUGUUUCUGUUUACUCGUGGUAUGGACUGUUCAGAUAGUUUCUAUAUAGCAUUAAGGAAACUUACGUUCGCAUCUGUCUUCCAAAGGCAUAUGCUCAUGUCUUUGUUCUAGGGGACCUAACAUUUUAAUAUUUGAGUCUGUUCAUACUUUAUUUGUUUCGUGUUUAUUUGUAAUUAUCACCGUAAUUAUCACCCUGCAGCUGAAGUAGCGCGCCCGGCGACCAGGCCGAACUGACAUUUCCAGCGUCUCAUUAAAGUCAGCAUCUCUCAGCCACUGAUUAAACGACACCGUCAACUGUUCCGGAGUUGCGACCGGUGCAUCAACCGAGAUAUCGGAAUUUAUUAAAUUUCGCAUGCUAAUUUACAUGACAAUUUAGAUGUGCAUAUAAAUUGUAGAUCUUUAAAGCGAUCAAAAGACCUUUCCCCCGCUCCUUUUUUUCGUUUUCAGCAUAUGCAAAAUUGAUUGACUAUUUAAGUGAGCUUUACAGAGGUCCAAUUUUUCACGUGUCAAAAAUGCUACAUACGAGGCCCAUCAAUUGCCUAGAUCCUAUUUUUGACCAUGUGGGUGACUGCAUUCUAUGUUUCCUUCUUGCAUAACACCUUGCACAAUAAAGUUUCAUCCUGUGGCUAAUUUUGUUGUCUUUGCCACGAAAAAUCGCAAUACCUAUUAAAAAAAACAACCUAACAUUGUGUGGAAGAGAAUAUGUACCGU